UCCCCUCCGUCAGAGAGGCUAAAAGGUCCACCGGACACUCUGUCUAUCCCCGUCUCUUCUUUAGAAACACCCCAUUAGCAUUGAUGCCCACCUCCUCUUGACAACUCAUCCCACCUGAGAUCUCCACGCACAUUCCCACAUUAUCUCACACCUAUGUCUUUGCGACAGGUGGACAGAGGUGGCAGCUGAUUUGACUUUACCAACCCAGUUCACGGCUUGGUAAAGAUCCGUUGGGUGGAUUCAUCUGUUGACGUUCUGAAAAUCCUGUUUCGUCUGACUCUUUUGGUCAGCCGAGUUAGCUGACUACAAAAGGGAGAUCCUUUUUUUGUUAUUUUUGGCGUUUGAAGAGGACUGAAAAGGUACUCAUUUACCUUUACUAGAUUUAUUUUUAAAGAAUCUUCUUCAUCUGGUGGAGAGCCUCAAGUGAACAGUCACCAUGUGGGAGUUCCGGUCCAUGAAUUUUUGGCGAGCGGUCUUCGCAGAGUUCUUCGGGACCAUGUUCUUUGUAUUUUUCGGCAUGGGCGCCGCCCUGCGCUGGACCACCGGGCCUCAUCAUGUCCUUCAUGUGGCCCUGUGCUUCGGGCUGGCAGCUGCCACUCUCAUCCAGUCCAUCGGCCACAUCAGCGGCGGCCACAUUAACCCUGCCGUCACCUUCGCCUACCUUGUCGGCUCACAGAUGUCUCUUUUCCGCGCCAUUUUCUACAUGGCCGCCCAGUGCCUGGGUGCUGUAGCUGGGGCUGCUGUGCUGUACGGGGUCACGCCCGGCAACAUGAGAGGCAACAUGGCGAUGAACAUGCUGCAGCCGGGCAUCAGUCUGGGAAUGGGCACCACUGUGGAGGUUUUCCUCACCAUGCAGCUCGUGGUGUGCAUCUUCGCCGUGACUGAUGAGAGGAGAAACGGACGCAUGGGAUCUGCUGCUCUAUCCAUCGGCUUCUCCGUCACCAUUGGACAUCUCAUGGGGAUGUACUACACCGGUGCUGGAAUGAACCCUGCCAGGUCCUUUGCCCCUGCUGUGCUCUUCAGGAACUUCAUCAACCACUGGGUGUACUGGGUCGGGCCUAUGAUAGGAGGUGCAAUGGGUGCCCUUCUGUACGAUUUCAUGCUGUUCCCACGCAUGAGAGGUCUGUCUGAGCGCCUGGCCACACUGAAGGGCAGCCGGCCCCCAGAGAGCGAGACCCAGCAGGACACCCGCGGGGAGCCCAUCGAGCUCAAGACGCAAGCCCUAUAAACCUGCCCCUGCCCCCUUCUCCGACUGGGGCCGAGGGACGAGGGACAAGGCCCUGAGCUAUACGCCAACCCCACCUCCACUACCCCCCCAUGCCUUCACACAACAUCGCACAAGACUAACCCAAAUACUCACAUCUAGACUAACACAUGAUACGAUUUUUUUUUUUCCAGUGCCACUGUAAAAACCGACACACAAAAAAAAAACAGGUUCACAACCUUCAACCUCAACACACAACAAGACUCCUCUACCCCCCAGUCCUCACUCUGUAUUCUGAACUGGACAUUGUGUUUUUGAUAAAUGGUGACCAGAGCCUGAACCACCAGCCGCCUCGUCUCCCCCUGCCCGCCUGCUUUUCUCCUCUCAGCUAAGGCCUUCAUCUGCGACUCAGAGGAGCGUGGAAACCCCCAAAAUUGAGCAGAGAGGUUUGGGGAGGCAGGUGUUGGAAAGGGGGGUGGGGGGGAGACGGAGGGCAGGAUGAGGGUGAGGCUGAGGCGAGGAUGUGGGUAUGAUAUGAGAAGGGUAAGAGUGCAUGGGGCAGGUGAGGGUGGAGUAAAGGGGUGGGGGUUGGGGUUUGGGUAGGGUAGAGAGGGCAACACGCUGGGUUUGUGGUCGUUUCAAGUUGGGUUAGACCAGUGAAGAUGGGCAUGCUUUUCAUUAUUCAUCUGAAUUUAUCUCCAUUUUUAGUUUUUUUUUUUAGGUUCAUUUUGUUUUCUGCACUUCAGACACAAGACGUGGAUGUAUGAUACCAUUAGAUUUUACCAGGGUUUCACUAUUUUCAAUCACUACAUUUUAUCUGUGGGUUUGUGUUUGUGUGUGCGUGGAUACCUCUGCAGCAUGUGUGUGUGUGUGUGUGUGUGUGUGUGUGUGCAAGUGUGUGCGUGAGAGUGAGCGUGUGCAUGUGUGUGCGCCUGCCUGUGCGUAUGAGUGUGUUUGCAAGUGAGUGUGUAUAUGUGUGUAUGUGUGUGUGAGAUCAAGAUUGCAGAUACAGUACUUUUUAUUUUGUUUUAUUUCCAUUACCGCUCUCCUGUUUCGUACCAUUAACUGUGUUCAUUUUGUCAUCAAUUUUUAAGACAUGAUCAUUUCUCCUCCCCUCACUGUGGUAUUUGCUAUGAUAUUCAUUUUUACAUAAACCAUCUGCUUUUUUGUUCUGAACCAGCGCAAUCCAAAGGAAAUGUUGUAUCCCAGACUUUGAUAGUAGGUCUGUUCACUACAGAUCGGCUGUGCAAGCUUUACAUUGAGUCUCCUUUUAUUAUUUGAUCCUUACUGGGAGCACAAGGCGUUUCAAUAAACAUUUCAAUGAUAAUAAACAUAAAAACUUGG